UCUCAAGUAUUGAUAUAACCCUAGCUCCAUUUGCCUCUCACUCGCUUUCUUCUUUUUCUAUUCAUCUCAUUUUCUUCUCUCUAUCUAUCUCCAAACCCUAAUCCCAAUUUUCCAUUUUCACUCAAAUUUCUCUUCAUCAAUCUCUCUCUCUCUAAUCCUUUAAUACCAGAUCUCAAAAUCUUCCUUUUCUUUCUCUCAAUCAAAUCAAAUCACACAAAAGCUUCAAUUUUUCUAUAACCGCUUCACCUUUUUGAAUAUAUAAAACUCGAUUCAGUCACAAAUUUUGAUUUGAAUCGACACCAACACAAGCGGCGCGGCGGUGAGUUUUUGACAAUGGUCGGUGGUGGAAGCAGAAGGGACGAUGGUUCGUUGGUAAUUAACAACACCAACGUGUUUGCGGCGCUUGAUACUUUGAAGAAGAAGAAGAAAUCGGAUAAGGAGAGGAAGAAUAAGGGUUCCAAAUCGGGGAAAUUGGAAUCUGAAUCGCAUUCGAAGGUGUUCUGGGCUCCGGCCCCAUUGAAUGCAUCUUCGUGGGCUGAUGUGGAUGAUGAUGAUGAUUAUUAUGCCACCACUGCACCGCCUCAAUCUAUUUGGCCUGUUUCUGACCCACAACAUAGUGAGGAAAAGACAGAAAAUUUGGAGGAUACUGAGAGCGAGGAAGAUAUUUUUGAUUAUGGGGAUGAGGAGGAGGAAGAGCAAGAUCACGAACCAGAACCAGAGGAUGCUGUGAAACCUGAACCUGAGCUCAAGAAGCAAGCUGAAGUUCCUGUGGUACCAAAGGAAGCAGAACGACAGCUCUCCAAAAAGGAAAGGAAGAAAAAGGAACUUGAAGAGCUUGAGGCUCUUUUAGCUGAUUUUGGAGUCGCACCAAAAGAAAGUAAUGAUGGUCAAGGUCAAGAUGAGUCGCAAGGGGCACCUGAGGACAAAAAAGAUGUUGAAGGGGAUGUAAAUGGAGAAAAGAAGGAAAUAGCUGCGGAGUCAAAGACUGCCAAGAAGAAGAAAAAGAAGGAAAAAGCUUCCAAGGAGGUGAAAGAAUCCAACGGUCAGCACAGCAAUUCAGAAACAAACACUGGGCCUGAUACGGCCGAAAAUGCCGAGGAGGAUCCAUCUGUUGUUGAUGUGAAAGAGCGUCUUAAGAAACUUGCUUCCAUCAAGAAGAAGAAAUCCAAUAAAGAAGUGGAUGGUGCUGCUAGAGCUGCUGCUCAAGAAGCUGCUGCAAGGAACGCGAGGCUUGCUGCAGCAAAGAAAAAAGAGAAGAACCAUUAUAACCAACAACCUGUGCGGUAAAAGAACCUUGCUCCUAAACAUCUUAUCUAUACAGGAAUUUGUAUUUCUUGUCUAUAUGAUGAUGAUGCCGAAUAAAUAGUUGAGCUUUAGGCUCUCGUGACCCUACCGUACUCCAGUAGACUUGAUAUACUGUUUAUGCUUUUUUGGGUUAGUGUUGUUUAAUUGUUAUAGACUAUUAUAUUUUGAGCACAGGAUUUUAUCUUUAAAAAUUAUAUGAACGAACUCUGUUUUAAAAAUUAUAUGGGACUAUGUUGUUGUGCA